AUGACACCAGAAACUUCAAUGCACGUCCGGCCUGCGACCACGAUAGACGCAGAUGCCAUCGCUGCCGUACAUUAUGCAGCCCUAGAGCAAUUUCACGACUUCUAUGGAGCUUUCUUCGAGCGUCAUCCGAGGGAAAUCCUCCCACUUUCAACGCGACUCGCUUUGAAGAAUCCCAAAAACCACUUCCUGGUUGUUGUCGCAUCCGACACAGAUGCCGUCGUGGGUUUCAUUAGAUACCACGUCGUCGAUGCGAUGGAGCCGCCUGCUGCAACCACAGUGGAGAAGCCCACGGAAAGUGCGGAUACCGAACCUACCGUGCCGUCCAUUUUCGCAAUUAAACCUCACAUGAAAGAUCUGUGGGAGCGCUUCGGCCACCCAAGGGAGGAAGAGAUGGAUGAAUGUUACGAAAAGGCAGUAGAUGGACGGAAACAUAAUUAUGUGAAGAACAUAAUGGUUGACCCUCAUCAUCAAAGAAAGGGCAUUGGAGCAAAGUUGCUCCAGUCAGUCAUCGACAUCAGUGAUGCUGAGAAGAUUCCGACUUUCCUUGUUGCUUCGGCUGAAGGAUAUGGACUGUACAAGAAGUUGGGGUUCGAGGACCUUGGAACCUGGACCAUCGAUAACGACUACUGGUCCAAGGAGAUUGCCCGACAUGAGGACGAGCUUGGAAUCAUGGGCAAUGAGGGCUUGGCGCAAACGUAUCGGGGGAAACAUGAGGUUGAGAAGUACAUGAUGAGAUGGAUCAUUCAGAAGCAAUGA